AUGAAUCMAGACAGYAGUGUUAAAGUGCGUGUGGCGACAWCAGAUGAUGUGSAUAMAAUARUUCAAAUAUCCGAAGSAAUCUACAAUGGCGGAGACUACCUUCCUGUUGUUCUUCAUCAAUGGCUGACCGAGGAAAGAAGGUUCAUCUUCCUCGCCGAAUAUCAAGGUGAAGUCAUUGGAUUGCAAGUAGCGACGGUUGCAAUUGAUCARRAGUCGUUUGUAACUCAGUCCUUAAGAAUUCAUCCCAAAUAUCGAGGAAAGAAACUUAGCUAUCAAUUGACUGAUGCUGUUACGASGGAAAUGUGUACACGGUUCCCACAAAYRUCGAAAMAURUCUUGACAUGYAURAAAYCAUCRGCUGCAUUUAAAAUGUAYACAAACAAGGGGUAUAAAACAUUAGAGGAGUUAACCUACCAUCUAGUACACAUCAAGCCAUCUGAUAUCGUGUGURUUCGCCGUGAGAGCCAAAAUUGGAAUGACACGGGCCUGGUUUCGAUGUGUGAGAAAGAUACAUUAAAAGUUUUAAAAGACAAGAAAAUCCUAGACCUUGUUGGUUCACACGGCAUGGUGUUUGGAAAACAUCAUUUCCCUCGAAAGCUUCCUGAAGAGGCUCAACUUGAAGCUGAGGAAAUAGCCAAGACUGGGGUAAUGUUUGUGGAAGCAUCUCAACCAGAAGACAACGGCUUUCCAAGGUCAUUUAGCUAUGGCUUUGCAUCGAGGAGGGUCAAGAGUGAUCACUGGCUUUCAUAUAUUUAUGCAAGCGAUUCCGAUAUAUUUAAGAAACAUUUUCGCAGUCAGUUAAAGGCUGCAGUUGCACAUACUUCCGUCGAAAACCAUCAUUUGGAGAUUUACUGCUAUCACUUACAAAGGAGGGAUAUCAGCUUUAAUGGUUGCAAUGUCAUCAUGCACGAGCUUUCUCGGCUGCAGGGUGAUCUGAAAGUCACAAGUGUGUGCGAAGUGCUUCUGGAAAACGAUGUCUUUCGAUGUACACAGUAAAUUAAAGAGGAGGGGCAUAUCUGGAAACUUGCAAAAAACAAACUCUUUGCUUCUAAGGAACUUAAGACUCAAAGACUUUUUUAACAUUUCUUUUACUUUUAUAUAUUUACUACCCUAUGGGCCAGAU